AUGGUUGAUAGUGUCGCUGUUUUUGCCACUCCACGUGACACGGAUGAGUCCAUAGAAAACUUCAAUACGGGCCGUUUCGCCGAGGAUAUGAUCAAAGAUGUCGUCGAAGCUGGUGUAGAUCGCAAUAAGCAGAUUUUAUUCAUAACACCAAUCGCUUGGGGAACCUCCUCUAUGCAGGCAUCAACAUACUCGAAUCUAAUCUGCGACUAUGGUGUGGACCCCAGGGGCAACGGAUCAUUCAUCUUUCCGGAUGGGAGCGGCUACUAUUUCUUUUCACAAACUCGUGCAAUCGAGGACGGCGACCUGGCCAAGAA